AUGCCUGGUUUGCCAACUAGUAUCGACCUGGACGAGUGCAUCUCACGGUUGUAUCGAAAGGAGUUACUUGCCGAGUCCGUGAUCGAGGCUAUCUGCGCCAAGACGAAAGAGCUUUUGAUGAAAGAGAGCAAUGUUGUCCACAUCAAAGCUCCGGUGACCGUGGUGGGAGACAUUCAUGGUCAAUUUUUCGAUUUACUGGAGAUUUUUCGGAUUGGAGGGUUUUGGCCGGAUACAAACUAUCUUUUUCUAGGUGAUUAUGUCGACCGGGGUCUUUUCAGCGUUGAGACCAUUUCCCUUCUCGUUUGCCUUAAACUUCGCUAUCCGGACCGAGUUCACCUAAUCCGGGGGAAUCAUGAAUCACGCGGCGUCACACAAUCCUACGGGUUUUAUACGGAAUGUGCUCGCAAAUACGGAAAUGCCAAUGUGUGGCAUUACUUCACAGACAUGUUUGAUUACCUCACGUUGAGCGUGGUCAUCAACGAUGAGAUCUUCUGUGUACAUGGUGGACUCUCCCCAUCGAUCCACUCUAUCGAUCAGAUCAAGAUCAUCGAUCGUUUCCGUGAAAUCCCACACGAAGGGCCCAUGGCCGACCUUGUCUGGUCUGAUCCAGAUCCGGAACGUGAUGAAUUUUCACUAUCACCACGUGGUGCCGGGUAUACAUUCGGUGCGCAGGUUGUGCGCAAGUUCUUGGAGGUCAACAAUAUGUCGCACAUCUUACGGGCCCAUCAGCUCUGCAAUGAGGGGUAUCAAGUUCUGUUUGAUGAUCGCCUCAGUACAGUGUGGAGCGCGCCGAAUUACUGCUACCGCUGCGGAAACCUAGCCAGUGUGCUUGAAGUUGGCGAUAAUAUGGAGCGGUUCUUCAAUACCUUUGAUGCGGCCCCUGAGAACGACGUCCAUCGCAGUGAGCAGCAGGCACAGCAGAGCAGGGAUUCCCAGCCAGUGAUUGACUAUUUCUUGUGA